ACACGUGACCCGGAAUGCAGAAAUUUUUUCGCAUUCAAGGACUCCUCUGACCGCUCAGAACGCCCGAGCAUUACCUCAAUCGGCAAAUUUGCCACGCUCGCACUGUUUGCUUCAUUCGAUCGCCUUGGUUAUUUCAAUUCGUCCGGGAUCUUCGUUGUUCUUCAAUCGUUCCCGGAUGUAACGAGAAUUUCAUACCUCGUUUACAUCGACCGUCAUCGCUCGUUAAUCGUUGUGUAAACUUCAACGCGAUGAUGUAGAUGGCGGGGCAUGCAAUUUUUAAAAACUCCUUUUUCCAGUUUUCUCUUUUUUUCUUUUAUUUUGUCUUCCGACACAUUGGGUUACAUUCUAUCGACAUCGGCAGAGCUUCGAAACUCCACGCUGUAGAAUAUUCUCGUAAUUAUGUCUAGACCAACAUCAUGUAAGGAGGCGAUUCAGCAAUGGGAGGACAAAACUGGAGAGCAGGCCAGCGAGCAGACAGAAAUGUAUUUGAACUUUCAGUGGCCUCCAAUUGACAAGAUGGACAACAGUUUGGGAACUCUAGUUAUGGUCGAAAAACUGUCGCUCUCAACGAACAUGAUUGAGAAGAUAGCCGGAAUAAAUUCGUUGAAAAAUUUGAGGGUACUUUCCCUCGGUCGCAACUAUAUUAAAACGUUUUCUGGACUUGAGACAGUUGGCGAGCAUCUAGAGGAACUUUGGAUCUCUUAUAAUUUGAUAGAAAAAAUUAAGGGAGUCAACGUGCUCAAGGCAUUGAAGGUCUUGUACAUGGGAAAUAAUUUGGUUAAGGACUGGUCAGAAUUCAAUAGACUUCAGGAAAUACCAAAUUUGCAAAAUUUGCUAUUCGUGAAUAACCCGAUAUGUGAAAAUAUGGAUGUUGAAACUUGGCGUGCUCAAGUCAGCCGGCGAUUACCAGCUCUGAAGAUGCUCGACGCUGUUCCUAUCGUGCAAGCAGGAGUUGAGUGAUAGGCACAGCAUUUGGCAAGUUGAUAGAUUUAAUCAAAGAUCAAAGUUCCGCACUGCUUCCGAAGCUGCAUUCCGAUGCUAUAAGGUUGAUUCAUGUUUUCUGAACUUGGUGCCUC